UAAAAUGUUGUUAUAUACUUUAUUGCUAAAUUUACAACUAUCCUUCAAACUAUUACACAAUCUAAUUGUUACAUUUAGAAAUGUCUCGUAGUAAUUAGAAUCCCAUAAAAGUUGUGGCCCAAGCGGGCUUUCAACUUUAAAUUACCACCAUCAUGGUGAUGCGUGCUCAAAUCUUGAAAAAUCAACUAAAUGUUGGGAAAUCUAAGGGGAGGGGGGAAAGUAGAGAUCGAUGAAGUGGAAUUGGAUAUGGGUGGUGGGUUCACUGUGGGUGUUGGGAUUAUGGGGAUGGAGAGAAUUCUGAAUUGGGUUUGGUUUAGGCCGAAGAGGGUUGAGAAGUUGUUGAGACAACAAGGCCUCGCCGGCAACUCUUAUCGCUUUCUCUUUGGGGAUACAAAGGAGAUUACGGCGGCCGUCCGGCAAGCAAGAACAUCGCAGCCCAUGAGCUUUUCCCAUCAUAUUGCUCCACGCAUAACCCCUUAUGCUUAUCCCACCAUCACAAAUACUGAAAUUAUUAUUACUUCUAUAUAUGCAAAGACCUGGAUUCUAAAAUACGUCACAUUUUCGGUACUUGCUACUUCAAUCUCUGUCCUUCUGAUCAAUCACGUCCCUUUCUCCCCUCUCGCACUUGCACCGCCUUUUUCACUUUCCUUCUUUAUCAGGAGUGUGAGGAAUUGCUCUACUUCUUGUGUUGGCAGAGGAGUGGGAGAAAUUGGAGCCGAUCUAAGGGAGAGGGAUAGAAUUGGAACAACUCCAAGAGUAUAUAUAACAGAGCCAGAACAAGUGAAGAUUGUUUUCUCUCAAAUCAAUGAAUUUCAUAAGACAUCUUCUUUUCCCUUUAGAAGAAGAAGGAGAAGUGGGCUUGUCUCUCUUGAGGGACGACCUAAAUGGGCUAAACACAGAAAGAUCAUCAACCCUGCAUUUCAUGUGGACAAGUUGAAAGAUAUGUUUCCAGCAUUCUCGAAGAGGUGUAGAGAAAUGGAGGAAAAAAUAAUCUUCCUGCUCUUGAAAGAGGCAGCUUCGCUAUUCACUACAUACCUAACAAACAGAGUUUAUUUCAUCCCAGGGUUUAGGUACAUACCAACUAAAUUAAACAAGAGGAUGGGAGAGAUUGAUAGGAAAAUACGAGAUAUGGUUUUAAGUAUUAUAACCAAAAGACAAAAUGCUAUGGAGAAAGUUGAAGCUUCAAAAAAUGAAAAUCUUUUAGGCAUCCUAUUAGAAUCAAAUGCAAGUCAAAUUGAAGAACAACAAAACAAGAAAGAUGUUGGAAUGAGCAUAGAAGAACUGCAUUGCUUACUUGGACAAUUAUUCUACUUGGUCGAUACUCGGUAUGGCAAGAUCGAGCGAGCGCAGAAGUCUUGGAGGUUUUUGGAGGUUCUAGAACUUGGAUUUUGA